AUGGAUAAUUCUGCGCCACAAGCCGAAGUAAUGUCUAUCGCCUCGCCGAUCAACCUGGUUUUAGUCUCCCUCUUUGGAGUCUUAGUGUACUGGCACUUCCGUCCCAAGGCACCAAUCGUUCUCCCCCGUGCCCCACCGCCAACCGUCUUCAAGACCUACACUCCCAAGACUCUGAUUGAGUUCAACGGCGAGGAAGGCCGCCCCGUUUACCUGUCCGUCCGCGGCCGCGUUUUCGACGUCACCCCUGGAAGGAACUUUUAUGGGCCGGGUGGAGCUUACGAGAACUUUGCUGGCCGGGAUGCCUCGCGUGGCUUGGCUUUCCAGAGCUUCGAUGAGGAGAUGCUGACCAAGGACCUGUCAGCGCCGCUGGAUGAUCUGAAGGAUUUGGAUGCGGAGCAGCUAGAGAACCUACAGUCGUGGGAAGAACGCUUCUUGGAGAAGUACCUGGUUGUUGGAAAGUUGGUAGCUGAGGGUGACCCCGAAGCUCCUGCAUCAUAG